AAACCAGAGAGAGAAGAGGAGAGAGGACAGAGGAGUACGUUUAAAGAAGAAAAAGCCCGCACAAAGGGCCGUUCGUUGCCUCCCACUCUCUCUCUCUCUCUCUCUCCUCUCUCUCUCUGUGCCAUGUCCGAAGCAGAGACUCGUCCGACUCUCGACUCCCACUUUCAACGAACGAUUCGCAGUCGCCAUACAUAGCUUCACCCUCGAAUUCUUGUUUCCUCGUCGUCUUCCUUUGUUUUGUGCGCUUCGGUUUCGGACGACUUGACUUCUCAUUAGGGUUUUCAUUCAUCGGCCAUUUCCUCAUUGUACCCAUCGCUAAUAUGUCUAAUCUGCACUCCAACUUCAAUCAGAACAUAGAUUACGUUUUCAAGGUCGUCCUGAUCGGCGACUCCGCCGUCGGCAAAUCCCAGCUUUUAGCUCGGUUUGCCCGGAACGAGUUCAGUUUGGAUUCCAAAGCGACUAUAGGAGUCGAGUUCCAGACCAAGACGCUCUUGAUCGAUCACAAGACCAUCAAAGCUCAGAUUUGGGAUACCGCCGGUCAAGAGAGGUACCGGGCUGUCACUAGUGCGUAUUAUAGAGGUGCGGUCGGAGCAAUGUUGGUUUAUGACAUCACCAAACGUCAGUCGUUUGAUCAUGUAGCCAGAUGGUUAGAGGAAUUGCGUGGACAUGCAGACAAAAAUAUUGUUGUUAUGCUUGUUGGCAACAAAUCAGACCUGGGAACUCUUCGAGCUGUACCCACUGAGGAUGCCAAAGAGUUUGCGCAGAGAGAAAACCUUUUCUUCAUGGAGACAUCUGCCCUUGAGGCCACAAAUGUCGAAACUGCAUUCCUCACAGUCUUGACAGAGAUUUAUCGAAUUAUCAGCAAGAAAGCCCUGGUUGCAAACGAAGAGUCCGAGUCUGGAGGGAGCUCACUUUUGCAGGGUACGAAGAUAGUUGUUCCUGGGCAGGAGCCAGAGCCUCAAGGAAAGACUUACGGUUGUUGCUCGUCUUCGUAAGAGCAUGUGCCCUCGACCUCAUGCCCCUGAAGAUUGGUAGUGUUUUGUCACAUAGAUCUUUUAUACCUGUAUGACGUAUAUAAAUUUCCACAUAAAUUUGAGAACGGAUAUCAUUCUUGCAA